UAUAUUCGAUAUAAAUUUCUAAUGCUUCUACAAUUGUUGGUAAGCUUUAUACUCUUUAUAUAAUUGUUUGGUCUGUUUAAUUAUUUGAUAAAAAUAAUUAGUUUAAUCGAUGACAUCUCUAAAAGAAUUAAACGUUGCACGAAAAACACUUGUUACUUCAUUAGGAGAAAAUGCUAGGAUUUAUUUUGAAAAGAUGAAGUUAUGGUUUCAAAUGAAAAUAACAAAAGAAGAAUUUGAUAAUGAUGCUAGAAACAUAAUGAAGGACGAUCAAGUACAUUUGCAUAACGAAUUCCUGCUUUGUUUAUUUAACAAAGUUAGAGGUCUUGUUUUAACAACUCCAACAAGAAUCAGUAGAGUGAAUAAUAGUAUUCAUAAUAAUUCAUUAACUAUGAAAGAAAAAAGAUUACGUUUAAAAAGAAAGUAUAGAACAGAUAAGUCUAAUUUUGAACCAGCCGAUGUAUAUGCAGAAGUCUUAACUGAAGUAUCUGCACCAGCAGGCGAUGAACCUAUAGGUGCUAAUAGGUCAAGUGCACAAGAAUUAGUUUUACCAGAUCGUACUUUUGUAUUAGCCAGACUUAUGUUAGCUGCUUGGGAAAAUAAUAUGGAUGGGGCUGAAGAUAAUACUGCACACUUGAUAAUAGCUGCUACUCAUAUUUUUUUGAAAAAUAUUGUAACAGCUAUGCUUACAAAGCGUAAGGGAUUUUGUGUUCGUGAUGAAUCUUUUAUUUAUAAUAUUGGUGAAACAGUACCAAGUUCAUGGAAGAAAAAUACAUCAUCCAUUAUACAAGAAACUAGAUUUAUAAAUCCAACAGUUAUAGAUCCUGCUGGACAGAUGCCAAGUCAAAAAUUAUGUAUAGAAGAUGCUGAACAAGCUAAAGCAUUUGCUUUAGCAUGUUCUACACAAACAUUAAUACCAAUUACACCUUUUAUUAAUAUUAUUGAUUUACAAAAUACUUUAAAAGUACAUAAAAAUCUUGUAAAUAAUCACACUGUGUAUGCAACUAAUAAAGAACGACUUUUUAUUUUUAAUACACAUUCAACAAGAGAAGAUUUAGAAGCACAAAAACUUUUAUUGCAAUUUUAAAACAUGUUUGUAAGUAAAUAUAUUAA